UUUAAGAAACGUCGAAAAUUGAGUUUCAAUUUCUGUUUACCUAAUAAAUGUUCAUCCGGCAAAAAAGUAAAAAUGUUUAGGUCAAAGCAAGACGUUGACAGACAUGUACGUAACAUUCUGGACAGGAUCAAAGAUGAUAAAGAGAAAACAUCUAGAGGAUAUCAGAUAGCACGAUUGUAUUAUGAAAUUGGUGAUUAUGAGACUUCAAAAAGAUAUUUAACAAACUUCUUAAACCUAAGAGAAAAUGUGCCACAAGCCCACAAGUUACUAGGACAGAUUUAUGAAGCAACCAAUCAAAAAGAAAAAGCUAUUCAGUCAUUUCGAAGAUCAAUUGAGUUAGACAGUAACCAACAAGAUUUAGUAGCUAAAGUUGGAAACCUGUUUAUCAACCCUAGAGUUAAUAAGGUUGAAAGAGGAAAAGAUAAAGAUGUUGAUAAUAAUAUUAAAAGCAUUAGACAACUAAUAGCUGAGAAAAAAACUCAACAAGCCUACCACAUAAUACGGGAAGUAGAGAGUGAACAACUAUACCCCAGCAGUAGCAAGUGGUAUGAAUAUAUUGUCGAUGCCUUACAUAAUAUAAGGAAGGCAAUAGAAAAUGAUGAAAUAGAAUUAAUGAUAUAUCAUUUGAUGUCCCUGUUACGAUUGAGCUAUCUACAACUUUCUGCACAUGAAGAUGAUAAAUUUAAUCAGACUAUUUAUUUACUCAAUGAAGUAUUGUGGAUGGCAGAAAAUAUUCCUGAAAAAAGACCAGAGUGGAAAAUUCUGUUGGAGGAAAUUCAAGCACAGUUUUUCUACUUUGCUGGAAUAUUUCUUUUGAAAAGAGCUUUCUCGAAAAUUAUACCAUGGAAGGAGAUUGUACCAUUGGUAUCGAUGUGUUAUUUAACAAGCUGUAGUUAUACAUGUAUUAAACAGAUGGUCAACUGGUCAAAUCUUAUCAAGAAAGAUAAUAAAAUCUUCACUAAUCUCUUCGACUUUAGCAAUUACAGACUCACACAAGCAGGUCAUAUGCUUCAAGUGAUAGAUAAAAGUACAGCUACUAAACCGGUUUUACACUAUAUGCAUCAAUUAACUGCUACACCUUGGAGAAAACUUCUCUUUGAAUGUCUGUUUCCAUCCAGGAGAAGUGCAGUCGACAGAGAAUCGUUUAUUUUGUCGUCUAAAAAUAUUUCCCACCGCUCCCUGGUUAUACCCAACUCCAGUGAUAUUUUCAGAAACGAUGAAGUGGCAUGUCAUGUAUAUCCUGAUAGAUUAGCUGAAAUUGUGUGGAUAGUGUUACAAAAAUUUCCAAAUGGUGAUAUACAGUCAGAUUAUAGACUCAACUUAUUUCCUAAAUUAAAAUACAGCGUGCCCGAUCUGAAUAUUGUUUCUGUUGAAUCAUUAUGUCAACUUGAUAUUGAGUGUUUCCUGUAUGCAACAGUACGAUGUUCCUCAAUAAAAUUACAUGAUGAUAAAAGUAAUAAUAAACCAUUUUUGUGUCCACCAUCUAUUGAUGAUAGUCUGUGUACAAUGGAACAAGUAGAAUGGUGGAAAUUUGCUUUCUGCUUCUGUGUCAACAGUAACAUAACUGAUUUUGGUAAGAUGAGGCGUACAUUACAAAGGGGAUUAGAAAUUGUCCGUGCAGCUGAUAAUCAUGGAAUGUCUAUACACAUGUUGGUACAUUUAGCUCAGUGUAUGGAAGUAAAGGUUAAAGAUAUAGAGAGAACAGAUUAUACAAGUUCUCAGAUUAGUGCUAUAAGAGAUAGAGCUUAUCAUUUCUGGUAUAAUGCUCUAUUAUUGGUUGAACAAAUAGAAAGUUGUGGAUCACUAACAGUAGCUUCAUAUAAACAUCUAUUUAAUGAUGAUUAUAAUAAAACAUUAGAUUCAAAUGUUCUAUUAAAACUUAAAGAAGAGAUUAAACUAGCUGUUGCUAAAAGAUUGAAAGAAGAUGGAAUGUACGAAAUGGCUUUAGAUUAUUUUAAGUCAGUACCUUCUCCAUGGGCUUCUUACUACUCAUCUCAGAUUUACAGACAGCUUGGGGAAAAAGAAUCUGGAUCAGUUGAACAAAGGAAAUCCUAUCUAGAAAAUUCUCUGAAUGCUUUACAUCUUACCCUAGAUAGAUUACAGGGUGAUAAAAACCAUGAAUUAAAUCAAUACUUAUUUCCGUUUAUGAAUGAAGUAGAAUUGUUGAUUAAACAGACAGAUACAGAUACAGAUUUGGAAGAAGAUACUAACAAUAGUAGAUAUCAUACACCACAAGGCAAGGUAGAUAAUAAUCCUAACCAUCAAGUCUAUCAUAAUACAUCUACACCUAGUAAUCCAGUAUCAUCAUCCUCUAGAAGAUUAGAUAUGUCAACACAAGUUCAAGUACCGAAUCCAAAUGAGCAUCACUUACAACCCAGUCCUGAAAGACUUGAUUCACAGAUACGACAGUUAUCUCACUCACAGGAAUCAUUAUUAAAUGUUGUAUUAAAGAGAAAUGAAGAUUUAGUUAAAACGAAUUUAGAAUUAGUAGCUGGAUUAAAGGAAUGUAUGGAAACUAUUAGAGAACUUAAGUUUGAAAUGUAUCACAGAUCAGCUAUAUUAGGUGGAUUAAGUUCUGCUGCUACACCAAGAUCUUUUUCUACUAUAGCUUCUCCCUACCCUGCUGAAGUUUUAGCGAAUGAAAUGAUGAGUCCAGGCUACUUUUUAGAUCAAUCCAAACCUGGAGCCCAUCUCAUUACAACACCUCAACAUAUUACUAGAGAAAUACCAAUAAAUCCUAACCAAUAUUAUGAAGAAAACUUUGUACCACCAAUGGAUCAUAACUCGAUUCACAUGUCCCACAGACGAUUACCACCUAAUGUUGGAUUUAAUGAAAGCCACAUAUCUCAUCCAGGACCACAUGAUGAAUCAUCAGUACUUUCGAAAUUGCCAGGACCGGGGUUUUUUUCUCCUGUUUCCAUCAUAAACUCUGCCUCCCAUUACGAUGCUUCUAAGAAACUUCCUUUGUCUGCAAAUAAUCUGCAGUCUCCAGUACCAAAGAGUAAUGUUCCAGAUUCUUUGGCUUCCAUCAAUAUUUUGUUCUGUGGAAAGGUUUCGUACUGUAAUCAAGAAAAUGUCAUUCUGAAAAUGAUAUCUAUCGGCAAUCUAACUCAAAUUGUCAUUGAGUCUGUGUCCCAUCAAUCAACAACAGAAAGCUAUAAUGUCAAGGACAUCUAUCUUCAGUCAUCAAUGAGCCCCAAGGUUGUUACCUGCUUUUAUCGAUCUGCAGGACAGCAAGACAAAAUCUUGAAUUGGAACUUUGAUUCUUCUGAAAAAGCAAACGAAUUUAAGCAGUCGUUAACAACAGCUAUUAGUCAUAUAAGAGCAGUAGGUGUUUCCAGUAACACUACAUCAGAUAUGCCUAGUACCACCCAGACAGUCUCACAAUCCACUGGAUUCUCAUGGAAUACAUUUUCACCGUCUGCUAGUAAAGACCAAGAGAAGAAGACUGUGAGCCAAUCACCCCAUGUUAAUCAGUCACCUACUGUAAAUCAGACAGGUGAAAUAUCCAAAACUGUGGAAGCUAAUAAUUCUCUGGAAGAUUUUGAACCAAAUGUACAUUUUAAACCAGUCAUUGAUCUUCCCGAUCUGGUUGCCUUAACAACAGGUGAGGAAAGCGAAAUCAAAAUUUACAGUGAUCGAGCCAAGUUAUACAGAUACGACUCCCAAUCAAGCCAGUGGAAAGAAAGAGGUGUCGGGGUAUUCAAAAUUUUGAAGUCACAGGACACAAAUAAAUUCCGCUUUUUAAUGCGCAGAGAUCAAGUACUGAAGAUUUGUGCAAAUCAUCUCCUAACUAAAGAAAUGAAGUUAUCUCCCAUGACUAAUUCUGACAAAGCUUGGUGCUGGGUAGCUGAGGAUUUUGCUGAUGAAGAAAUGAAACCUGAGCAGUUCGCUUUAAGACUUAAAAAUAAGGAAAUGGCUUAUAAGUUCAAAGAAGAAUUUGAAAAAUGUCAAAAGGAAUUGGAAACAAAUGAGGUUAGUGUUAAAUCAAAAGAUAUUGAACAACCUACAAAACCAAGCAACAAAACUGAAGUGGUGCCUUUAUCAGAUGUGUUUAAAGCUAAAGCAGAUACAUGGGAAUGUAGUGGUUGUCUUUGUCGUAAUGAAAGCAAAGUUAAAAUCUGUCCUGCUUGUACUACUCCAAAACCCGGGGAAAAAUCAGCCUCUGCUCAAAAAGUAGAUAUAGAUUCAAGUAAAUUUAGCUUUGGAUCUGGUGGAGGAUUUUCUGUUCAGACACAACCCACCAAAGAAUCGUCAUUCUUCUCAACCACGACAAAGAACACGGCUGGUGGUUUCAGUUUCCAACAAAAGAUUGACACCAAAGUUCCUGCAGGUGAAUUUAGUUUCCAGCCAAAGUCAGAUUUAAAGGAGGCUGUGGGUGGAUUUAGUUUUCAACAAACAACAGGUUCUAAAGCUCCUGCUGGUGGAUUUAGUUUUCAACAAGAUAGUGAUUCAAAUGCAACCACUGGUGGAUUUAGUUUUCAACCCAAACCAAAUACAACUAAAAAGGAUGUCUCAGUAGACAACAAAAAGGUUGAAGUACCAUCAAGCAACCAAACAAAAUCAGUUCCUUUAUCAGAUGUGUUUAAAGCUAAAACAGAUACAUGGGAAUGUAGCGGCUGUCUUUGUCGUAAUGAAAAUACAGUUAAAAUCUGUCCGGCUUGUACUACUCCAAAACCUGGGGAAAAAGCCGCCCCUGCUCCGAAAGUAGAUCUAGCUUCAAGUAAGUUUAGCUUUGGAUCUGGUGGAGGAUUUUCUGUAGACUGCAAAAAGGUUGAAGCACCAUCAAGCAACCAAACAAAAUCAGUUCCUUUAUCAGAUGUGUUUAAAGCUAAAACAGAUACAUGGGAAUGUAGUGGCUGUCUUUGUCGUAAUGAAAAUACAGUUAAAAUCUGUCCUGCUUGUACUACUCCAAAACCUGGGGAAGAAUCUGCCCCAGUGCCAAAAGUAGAUCUAGAUUCAAGUAAGUUUAGCUUUGGAUCUGGUGGAGGAUUUUCUGUACAAACACAACCAACUAAAGAAUCUCCCUUCAUCCCUACAGAUACAAAAAAUACUCUGAAACCUGCUUCAGUUCCGGGCAUAGCAAAUGUGGCUAAGCCAUUUACUUUUGGGUCAGCUGGGGGUUUCAGUUUUACACAGAAGACAGAUUCAAAAGAACCAUCUGGUGGAUUUAGUUUUCAACCAGCAACAGAUUCAAAAGUCACUGCCGGUGGAUUUAGUUUUCAAGCAACAACUGGUUCAAAAGAAACUGUUUCUGGUACUAGUCAGGCUUUUGAAAAUAUAUUCUCUCCUGUAUCAUCAACAGAUGGUGAGAAAAUGCAGGCUUUGGGAAGUAAAACCCAACCAGUACCAUUAUCAGAGGUGUUUAAACCCAAAACAGAUAGAUGGGAAUGUAAUGGUUGUCUUUGUCAAAAUGAAAACACUGUUAAAAUAUGCCCAGCAUGUUCAACUCCUAAACCAGGGGAGAAACCAACCCCUUCAGUCUCUGCUUCAAAAUUCCAGCUUGAUUCAAGUAAAUUUAGUUUUGGAUCUGGUGGUGGAUUUGCUGUACAAACACAACCAACAAAAGAUUCCCCAUUUUUACAAACAGAAUCCAAAGAUGCCGCAAAGAGUCAGACUAUUAAAAACGUAUUUGGCACAGAAACUUGUGACGCGGCCCAAAAAUUCAGAGACGAGUUUAAGGAUUUAGGCACCGAUAAGAAAAAAGAAGCUGUUAAAGGUUUUGAAAAAUCUCCUACAUCUGUCAGCAAACCUCAGCCUGUCUUUGGUAGCACUGAUCAAUUUGUAUUUGGAUCUACUAAUAAAUUUGGUGCCAAGCCUGAAACACCAGCUCAAGAAGCCUGUCCAACAGAAUCGAAAGAGGUGCCAAAAACAAGUAUUUUCCAAAACCCCUUUGGCAGCAGUGGGUUUACUUUUAGCCUUAAACCAACAGAGCUAAAAGAACCAUCAGUUGCUGCCUCUCCUGCUAAGAAUAUUUCCAAAGCAGCUGCUGACUCCACUGAAGCUGUAACUAAUGAGGAUAUGUACAUAAAUAAAGAAGGUGAUGACUCCCAUAUUGUUUUUGAACCGAUUAUACCGCUACCAGAAAAGGUGGAAGUAAAAACUAUGGAAGAAGAUGAAGAUGUAUUGUUCAACAACCGAGCCAAAUUAUAUCGUUUUGUGGAUGGAGAAUGGAAGGAGAAGGGUCUUGGUGUUAUGAAGAUAUUGGAACACAAACAGACUGGAAGCAGACGUAUUGUAAUGAGAAGAGAUCAAGUACAUAAAGUUUGUUGUAAUCAUCGAAUCACACCAGAUCUAGUAAUUAAACCUAUGAUUAAAUCAGAAGGCAAAGCUUUAGUCUGGUUUGCUGUUGACUUUUCAGAUGAAGAAGAAAAAGUUGAGCAGUUGUCAGCUAGAUUUAAGACUGCUGAAAUUGCUGCAAACUUUCAAGCACUAUUUGAAGAAUCCAAAGAAAAAGCUACUGCUAACGCAUCGAUAACCAAAGGCUCACCUUCUAAGGAUGUUACCAAAGCAGCUGCUGACUCCACUGUAACAGCAACUAAUGAAGAUAUGUACAUAAAUAAAGAAGGUGAUGACUCCCAUAUUGUUUUUGAACCGAUUAUACCGCUACCAGAAAAGGUGGAAGUAAAAACUAUGGAAGAAGAUGAAGAUGAAUUGUUCAACAACCGAGCCAAAUUAUAUCGUUUUGUGGAUGGAGAAUGGAAGGAGAAGGGUCUUGGUGUUAUGAAGAUAUUGGAACAUACCCAGACAGGAAGCAGACGUAUUGUAAUGAGAAGAGAUCAAAUACACAAAGUUUGUUGUAAUCAUCGAAUCACACCAGAUCUAGUAAUUAAACCUAUGAUUAAAUCAGAAGGCAAAGCUUUAGUCUGGUUUGCUGUUGACUUUUCAGAUGAAGAGGAAAAAGUUGAGCAGUUGUCAGCUAGAUUUAAGACUGCUGAAAUUGCUGCAAACUUUCAAGCACUAUUUGAAGAAUCCAAAGAAAAAGCUUCUACCAACACCUCGAUAACCAAAGAUGAUGAUGAGGACAAAGGUGUAGAAAAUGAGGAAGAGGAUGAUAAUGAGGACAAGGAAGAUGAUAAGGAAGACGAGGAAGAUGAUAAGGAGGAUGAUGAUGAUGAUGAUGAUGUGAUAAUAGAAGAGACCAUAUAUGCAACUGAAGAAGAAGUUGAACAAGCUAGAAAGUAUAUGUUACCAGACCACUUUUAUUUGUAUAAGUUAAAGAAACCAUGUCCAGGUUGUAUUGGCUGUGACGAUGGUGAUAGAUCUGUAGCGCAGAAAGCGUCUUCUAGUCCAAUACAAAAACCUAUCUUUGAAAGCACUCAACCAUCAUUUUCCUCGCUUGCUUCAGGAGGUGAAAAUAUAUUUAGUGAGGAUGGUAAAGAAAAAUCAAGUAACGUUACUGGAUUUUCAUUUUCUUCAGAGAAGAUAAGUGCUGAACCAUCCUUUUCCUCGCUAGCUUCUAGUGGAGAAAAUAUAUUCACUCAAUUUAAUAAAGAUAAACCAAGUUUUCAAAGUGAUGCUCCUUCCUUUUCAUCAUUGGCAUCAGGAGGAGAAAAUCUUUUUACCAGUCCAUUUAAUAAAGAUCAGCCAGCUUUUGCUAGUAAUGCGCCAACGUUCUCUACACUAGCAUCUGCUAGUGAAAGUAGUUUUGGUCAGACAAGUAAAGGAAAUAAACCGUUUAAAUGGAGUGGAGCAGGACAGAAAUUAUUUAACACAUCUGGUAAUCAGGAUGAUGAUGAUAGUGUACAUCAUGAGGCUGGAGAUGAUAUACAUUUUGAACCUAUAAUACCACUACCUGAUCUUGUAGAAGUGGUUACAGGUGAAGAAGACUGGCAGAUCAUAUUUACACAGAGAUCUAAACUAUAUAGAUAUGAUAAAUCUACUAGUCAGUGGAAGGAGAGGGGUACUGGUGAUAUGAAAGUAAUGAAGCACCAAGAUAAAGAUUUAUACCGUCUACUGUUUAGAAGAGAACAAGUAUUUAAAGUUGUAUGUAAUCAUAUGAUAUCAUCUGCUAUAAAUAUGAAGCCCAUGGAGACAUCAGACAAAGCCUGGUGCUGGGUCGCCGAAGAUUUUAGUGAAGAGGAAGGCAAAGUAGAGAACUUUGCUGUCAAAUUUAAGAAUAUUGAACUGGCUGCUAAGUUUAAAGAAACAUUUGAUGGAAUUAUUGCUACUCUACAAGAAAAGGAAGCUAGCAGGGAACAAGAUAAAAGUUUGGAUGAAACUGUUACUACUGAUGAUAAUGAUGAUGAUAAUGAUGGUGAUAAUGAUCAUGAAGAACAUAUUGAUGUAUUAUUUGAUAAAAGAGUUACAAUUUUUACUAAGGUUGACAAUAACUGGACGAAACAAGGAACUGGUAAUUUAAAAGUUGCAUUACGUGAAGAUGUAAAUGGUAAUGCUAUUGAUUUAACUACUGAUGAUGGUAAUUGUGUCUGUAAUCAUAUUGUCUGUCAAGAAUAUUAUAUCACCCUGGAACGAGCAAGAAAGACAUGUAUGUGGUCAGCAGUAGAUUUUUCAACAGGUCCGCCUAUAAUGUGUGAAUUUAAAGCCCAGUUUAGUUCACCUGCUUCAGCUGAAGAAUUCUUUACAGUUUUUAGAUAUAGUCUCAAGUUAGCAGCCGAUUCAGAGCUUUCAAAAAUCAGUACAAAUGUGAAUGGUGAAGAUUGACGUAAAUUAAGGACACUGUUUAUCUAACAUUAUCUCGGUGUGUUAUAUUGUCAACAAAUAUGUUUGUAGCAAUUCCUAUGUAGGAAGACUACAAAUAAGAAGCUCAAAUAUAGUGUACCGUGUGCUAACUUAAAUCCUGGAAUCAAAAUAAAACUGUGAUUUCAAACAAAUGUUUGUGUAAGCAUUCUUGAUAAAAGUGUGUGGACUGGACUGGACUGGAACUUAUGGAUUUAUAAAUAAAAUCUGAAUUUCUUUUAUGCCUACCAUUAUGUUUCUAAAGUCAUUGUAUCCGAAGAAAAGUCUUGAAUAUAUUUCCAUUUUAUGGUGAAUUGUUGUUCCAUUUUUUGUAAAAAAAAAACCCGCAAAGAUAAAUCAAGCGAUUUAUUAAAUAGUGCUAAAUAGUCAGAAUUCCUUUUGUUGCAAAUUAAACUACACCAUUUUGAUUUUAUUUCUUUGGGUACCCUUUUUAAAAUUAUACCGCUUCAGAUCAUGAAGAACAAUAAAAUUGUUUCUGUUGUAAUAUAUUGAAUUGUACAUGUAUAUGUAACUGGUAAUCAUGUAUAAAAUUAAUUUAUGUAUUUCACUCAGCUGGUUCAACCUUCUUGGCUGGACUCAUUAUUAAUAUAUCUUGUCAAAUAUGUACAUUCAAACUAUAUUGGAGAUAAAAAAUAAAUGUUUUCCUCAAAACCGAA